AUGGGUUUUUAUGCUUGCCCAGGGUAUAAAAGAAAUGUCCGGCAAUGUGGGGGGCCCCCUCAGUACUACUGCAAAAGUUGGAGCUGUGUAACUUCUAAUGAUGGGGACUGGAAGUGGGAGGUGAACACCAAUGAUUACAUAAAAUUCUCCUUUGCCGACAGCCCAGCCAGAUGUACAGACCAAACUUCAAAUGGAGAAAGGGAUGAGCAGAUAAAAGUUACAUUCACUGAACAAGGAAAAAAGAAAUUAACCAAGUGGAAGUCAGGGCUCAGUUGGGGCAUUCAGGUUUAUUCAUACCCUUACCCAUCUGGGGUGUUAACCAUUUUACAGGAAGUAGAGCCCUUAGAUGCCGGGUCUGUAGGUCUGAAUGAAGUGUUAAACCCCCCAGAAAAAGGAGCCCCACCCCCUACAAGAAAGACGCUGAAAGAAUCGAGCACUGUAACCCCUGGCAUUUUUUCAGUCCAACAUGGACUCUCGGUCAUCUUGCUUCUCUGUACUUUUGCAAUUUACACUCAACAGUUGAACGUGAGCAUUGCCAUCCCAGCUAUGGGGAACCACACAUUCCCACCCAACCACCCCGAUGCCUCCACAGAAAGGCCCUUCACUGAGUGCUGGGACUACUGGAAUGAAACUCUAAAGGAAUUUAAGGCAGUGUAUGAGUGGAGUUCUGAAAUCCAAGUCAUCCUCAGCUCCCUCAACUAUGUCUCCUUAUUAGCUCCAAUCCCUCCUGGCUAUAUAACUGGAAUAUUUGGAGCCAAGCACAUGAUUGGUGCUGGCUUAUUCAUUUCCUCAGUCCUGAACCUCUUCAUUCCAUUCAUCCCACUGACAGCUAAUACUGGAGUGCUGUUGCUCACUGUUAUUCAGGUUAUCCAAGGCAAAGCUCAGGUUAUUAUAUCAACAGGUCAGUAUUUAAUUUGGGUCAGAUGGGCUUCUCCACUUGAAAGGAGUCAAUUCAUUAGCAUUGCUACAUCUGGGAUAAUGCUGGGAUGUAUCAUCAUCUUUGCUGUAGGUGGUCUCCUCUACCAGACCACAGGGUGGCCCUAUGUCCUCUGUAUCUUUGGAGUUCUUCUCCCAUCCAUGUUCAUGGUGUCCCUGUACUGGGUCAGAUUCAACACCAAUGCUACUGUGGCCAUCAUUAUACUAUCUCCUGCCUUCCACAGCUUUGGUAACUCAGGAGCCUUUGUUAACUUCCUAGAUAUUGUUCCUCAGUAG